AUGGAAAAUGAGAUCAAGAAAGGUAAGCAAAAGAUUGAGUUGAACUUAGUUGAGUCUAAGAGAGCACGCGCUAUAAGUUUUUCCAAAAGGAAAAAAACCUUGUUCCAAGAUGCAGAAAAGCUUGCAAAUCGGAGUGGAUAUGAAGUUGGCGUUAUGCUUUUUUCACCCGGUGGAAAACCAUUUUCUUGCGGUUCCACAAGUAUUGAAGAUAUAAUUGAUAAGUUUUUAAAAGGGAAACUAGAGGAUCGCCAACGUGAUCAUGCUGAGGGCAAAUCAAUUGGAUUUAAGGAACUUUAUGAUCUUCUCAAAGAAUUGCAAAUAUUUAAUGAGAAAGAAAGAAGACGAAUAUUAAUGUAUAAGAUUAAGCACCCUGGCUCAGAAAUACCUCCAGAUAAACACAUGUAG